GCGGCCUCCAAUCAGGACGGACCAUUGGGAUUCCAACUCCAGGUCGGGACGUUCCUGGAGGUUUUGGAGGAGCGGAGCCUGGAAACAACAGGGUUUGGGGAGGGACUUCAACAAGGCAAAAUACCACCGACGCCUCCCUCUAUUUUCUCCAGGAGAACAGAUCUUUGGUUAUCUGGAGCUCAGUUGGAGCUCUCCAGCCGCCACCUGGAGGGACAUUUUCCUCUUGUGUGUUGGGUUCGACGGAGUGCCGGAAGUGCUGGGUUGGGAGGGAGUCCCACUGCUGUGGCCGCUGCAAAGCUUGUAUUCAAAGACCGACCCGGGGACCGGCUGCAUCCCUUCAGCGUUCUCCCUGUGCCUUUUGGAGAGCAAAGGGGAAAGUGUGCGUUCAACUACAAGACCAGGGAUAGUUUCCAGCCCUUCUCAGCACUGCUCUUAGGGAACUCCUAUGGCAAUGCUAGGCAAUGAAGAAGUGCAAGGGAAGGUACUUCGCUAUGAAGCUUUCAUCAGUGACAUUCUGCAAAGAGAUCUUCAGAAAGUAUUGGAGCAGCGGGAUGAGGUCUACGAGAAGAUUGCCCAGUACCUGCAGCUGAAAACCGUGAUCGAGCGGUUGCAGGAGACAGGAGGCCAAGAGUUGGUGACCCAAGUGGACCUUGGUUGCAAUUUCUACGUCAAGGCAGAAGUGCCAGACACCUCCACCAUCUUCGUGGCGCUGGGGUAUGGGUUCUAUGCAGAGCUGACCUUGCCCGAGGCGUUGGCCUUCAUUGAGAAGAAGAACAAGCUUCUGACCACGCUCAGCGAGACCCUCACUCAAGACUCUGUCAAGAUCAAAGCCAAUAUCCGGCUGGUUUUAGAGGGCCUGCGUGAACUCCAAGGUCUCCAAGACCUUCCCGAGGAGGAGACCAGAAGGGACGUUUUCCUUUAGGCACGUGUCUUCCCCUCCUGACCAGGGUGUGGGGAUAUUUCUGACGUCUGAUAAUGCUGGAAGAAGAGCCGGUCUCUUGUGCGUUUCGGUGGCAGCAGGCACUGCAUUGUGUCGCUGGAGAAACACCUCUGAGUAAGGUGUGGUGAAUGUGCAGAGGCGAUUGGAAAUUGGGGAAGGAGAGAUGUGAGAUAUUUCUCAUGGGCAGUUUCAAGCAGAUUGAGUUGGGGACCUGUGCUCUCUCCGCUGCUUCCCAAGACACUUCCUCGGAGCAAACUUUGUCUCUGUUGUAAAAAGAAUAAAAGAUUUUGACUUCUA